CGCCAUUUUGGGCGCGUGAGUGUACGUGUGACUGCGCGUGCGCCCAAUGUCUGCCGCUAUGACGUCAAAGAUUGAAUGUCGUCACAAAUGAUGGAAUGAAUGGCGGACAGCAGCCGACACCAGCGGACAUGACAAUGCCAAUGAGCGGCCUGUAGCUAGCGAUGUGACUGCACACUGACACUGAUGGUUAGAGCGAUGCCAAGCUCACUUGUGACUGCCAUUGUGUGGCGGGGAGUAUCACUGACACUGACACUGACACUGAUGCUUACAGCGAUGCCAACCUCACUUGUGACUGCCACAGCGUGGCGGGCAGUGCCAGUGCACACGGAGACUGUGGGGUGAGGAGGUCCAGCACCAGGGAAGCCUGUGCGCCGCAGGACACUGGGAGGCGAGGCAGGGAGGGGAUGCGCGGUGGUGGAUGACCACCAGACGACGCCACUGGCUGUGGAGCCGGGUGGAUCAGACGGCCGCGCGAUGGCUCGAGCUUGCCUGCUCGUCGCAGUCCUCCUUCUUUCUUCGGGUGUUUGUCGCGGACAUCUUGAAGGGGUUCGUCUACGACCAGCGCCCAAACUUGGACUUCCAGGUUUACCGAAAGAGAAACCAUGCACAGAUACACGCGAAGUGGUUCGCAGCAUGGAGUUCGACUCGCUGUCCUUUAAGGACAGGUUGCCGGAGUCGAUCGGCAAAACUUCGUUCUUGGAGUUCGACUUCGCUCUGCCCGUGCUGGUGGUGGGCUGGACGACACGUGGGCGAGCAGGCUUCAGACACGGCUUCUACAAACAAGAGCCUGGCUUCGUGAGCACCUACGUGGUCACCUACAUCACCGAGACGGGGAAGAUGCAGCAGCUGGAAGACCCGUUGACUAGGGACGGGGAGUUUAAACCCCAUGGUGACCUAUCCUUCGCGGAUAUUCCGUCGGUGGUCAACCUGUUGAAGCCUGUGGAGAUCAGGUCAAUACGCUUUACGCCGCUCACCUGGUCAGGUGUGCCCUUCCUUGAGGUCAGGCUCGUCAUCUGCUCCCUCUCCAUGGCUAAGAUGAUCCUUCGCGAUGCCCUCGAUGUCUCCAACAUAGAGCAAAAAGUCAUCGAAGAAGAAACAAAGAAAGUGAACAAAGAUCUGUUGGUGCUGCAGUCAGACCUGACCGGCCAAAAUGUAGGGGCGGAAGAUCCUGAGGUGAUUGUAAUGGACGCCAAGAAACUGAAGAAAGACAUCAAGAACCUGAAGUCAGACAUCAAAGAAAAAGUCAUAGAGGAUGCGCUCAUCGAAUCAUCUGAAUUUCCUGAAGAUUACCUGCUUCUCCCGAGAAAAAAAACGAAGAAAGUGGAAGUCGAAAUAAUCGCCGAACAUACACCAAGGCUGAAAGGCUUGAACUCAGAAUUAGCCAUAGAAGCUGCGAAGGCCAUAGAACAAGAAGACGAUGAUGAAGAGGAAGUCGUGCUUUUGGAGACAAAACAUUCGCAGCAUCAGUCCUGUCGGCAGCCGGAGGAGUGGCGAUACUCGGCGGAGACCACACCCGUUGACACCUUCUCUGCGCUCGGCAACCCGGCCCAGGCGUGGCGCGCUGUGUAUGACAUUGGUUACGUCCCAUACCUGUUCCCCACCGACACCCCCAACCACCACAGCCAUCGCCUGCUGGAGAUCACGUUCCACCACCGGUCCGUCGUGAUGGGGCUGAAGGUCGCGGGCGUCAGCAACGUGCGGGGGCCGGAAGGGGAAAGCGAGUGGGGUGCCGUCACCCGCUUCUCGCUGCUCUACAAGAACAACGGCGGCGAGUGGGACUACUACGCCGACAUGUCGGGAACACCUCGGGUAUUUCAGACUGGCGCUCAGUCCAAGGAGGACGCUAAAAAUCCAGUGGUCUUUCACCUGCCCAAAGCUUUAGAAGCUGAUGCCAUCGGAAUCUUUCCUGACGAAUGGGUUCACAAGCCUUACCUGUCUAUAGACAUCCUGGCGUGCUACUUGCUACCAGACGUCAGCAAGCAGAUGGACAUGAUGGAGGUUGAGAUUCAGCCACAUUCGGUGGAGGACGAGGGCAAGCAUGAAGAGAAAAUAGCAGUGGACGUCCAUUUCAGCCCCCACACGUCAGUGCCGCCUGAAUGUCUCAACAGCCUCGGCGAACCGAAGCGCCUGCUUUUCACCAACCUUGGCAGUUCGAAGGAUUUUGAGAACCUGAACGGCUACGCCAUCAUCGGCAUGUCUCAUCCCAUGAAGGUGACGGGGCUGAUGGUCAAGGCCCCCGUCAUGGAGAAGACAGGGGAAGAUGGCGUGACGGUGUUCACCCUCAAGCACAGAGACAGAACGUCCACUCCCUACUGGACCCAAGUCGUCACACAUUCUGGCAACAUCAAGAUGUUCAACACAGCUGCAAAGAAAGGCAAGGCCUUGAUCUUGAUGCUCCCUUCACCUGUUGUUGCUGACGAGCUACAGGUCAUACCACAGAGGUGGAGCGGCACAGAUCCGGUGAUGUUCAUCGAAGUGUUGGGCUGCGAGCCAUGACACCAUGACAGUUUUCUCGCUCGGGACGUCAUGUCAGAGGAGUUCCAACCGACAUCAAUCAUUUUUCAUAGGGAUCAUGCGUUUAUCGAAGUCGAAUUCUGAUUUCUGGGAAGCUUCUGAGACUCCAUAAAACAAUUAUGUGUUCUGGUGAAGGCAGGCGAGAAACAGCCUUUGGCACUCAGGUCUACCUCUUCGACGUUUCUUGAGAAAAAUCCUCAUCCGAUGUUAAAUUCUACCUGCACACACGGAGAUGUACAAAGACUGUGGCAAGUAAAAAUGGUCGAGAGAAUUUUCCUAUGGGAAAAUAAAGUUGAGAACAGCUGCAGCUAUGGCCAAACGACUUCCAAGAUUUGCCGAACAAGCCAGGACAGACGGAACCAAGAAAGGCAGUCGGGGAAGAGUUGAGUGCAACACACUGGCAAAGGUUAUUGUAGCCCGUGAGGGCGCCCGGUCUCUCGUCAUGGCCAAUAGUCUGGUAUUUCAAAACUAUUUUUGUAGGGUCUAUGUAACAUUAACUGGACAAUGGCUCUGACGUAAUGUGCAUUGCUGAUAUUGUUGCUAUAACAUACGAAUUAUUGUAUGCUUAAUGUUUUGACAGAUUUUGCUUGAUAUUAAUUCAUAUAUUUUUCCAUAUAAAUAUAUUUACCUGUUACAUUUGUUACCUGUGUUGCACCUUAAACGCUGCUGCUUAGUGUGUAAAUGGCAUCCAGCCAUAAAUAUGUGCUAGACAUUAAUCGUCUUCAAUGAUAGAGAUUGUAAUGGCAGGGAGAAAAUUCAGUGUGCACACCCUACUGCUCUGCUGAUGGGCAGAAACAUGUUGACCCAUGUUGUGGUGACAGCUCUAACAGUGAAAAAUGACAUAGUCUAGCAUCUAGCAAGAAGAAUACUGGGACAGGAACCAUUUUUUUCUCCAUCCCUUCAGUGAACAUCGGUGAUUCCUUCCUGGAAAUAAUGGAGUCCCACUUGAUGUGCUUGAAUCACAAAUGUCCUACACAUCUUCUUUCAGCUGAUAGGAAUGGAAAACCAUAGAAAUGAUUCAUAAGACGUUUUAGACAGCUGACUAUAUGGGAAUAUUCUAGAAUAGGCUGGAGGCACCAAUGUAAGAGCAGCAGGCUGACAUGGCCACUAAUCUGUGUACAACUGUUCUGUAGCAAAGAUGAAAUGCACAAAUAAUUCAUGGGUAUCUGCAUGCUAUAAUUACGGAAUAAAUUUUUUCCAAAAAUUACCAAA